AGCAAGAUUGAGAUGGACUGUGGCGAGCACGUUGUGUUGGAUGAGACAGCCGAGUUACAAUUCCUUUCAAGGGAAGACCUCAUCCAAAGGGUGGUCAAGCUUACAACAGAGAAGGAAGAAAUACUUUUGAAGCUUCAUGGAAGCUCUUUAGUAGAACAGAAACCAGAUACGAAGAACGCAUUUGUAAAGGAUUAUAAAAAUUCGGCAGAUCAUGGGAAAAACUUCAAGAAAUCGAAGGCAAGCACUGGAAAUACCAGCGAACAAAAACCAUUUGAUUUUUCUCGCUAUCAUAAACGACACGUAGCUCUAAAAAUAGCUUAUCUUGGAUGGGACUUUCAUGGCUUUGCUAGUCAAGAGAGCACAGAAAACACAAUCGAAGGUCACCUUUUUGCCGCUCUAUUGAAAGCUUGUCUGGUAGUAAACAGAGCUAGCAGCAAUUACGCCAGAUGUGGAAGGACGGAUAAGGGAGUAAGUGCCUUUUCACAGGUUGUAUCACUUGAUGUACGCUCCAAUCUGGCUGAAGGUCUUGGUGUCAUUGUUAGUGGGGACACAGAAAAAGUACAACAAAGGAUUGAGACAGCUAAAGAGAUGUCAGAAAUCUCCUAUGCUCAUGUUCUAAACAAGCUCCUUCCACCAGAAAUCAGGAUUAUUGCCUGGAUGCCAGUGGAACAAGAAUUUGAUGCAAGAUUCAGUUGCUUGCACAGGACAUAUAAAUACUUCUUCCCUGCAGCAAAUCUUGAUAUAGAAAUCAUGAAUUGUGCAGCUCAGAAGUUUGUGGGAAAGCAUGACUUUAGAAAUUUUUGUAAAAUGGAUGUUGCAAGUGGUGUUUUAACUUUUGAAAGAGAGCUUCUGUCAGUUACAGUUGAAAAGAAUGACUCAGACAACUGCAGUGGCUAUGAAAUGUGCCAAAUAACAAUUUGUGGGUCAGCAUUUCUGUGGCAUCAAGUACGCUGUAUGGUAGCUGUACUUUUAAUGAUUGGUCAGAAUCUAGAAAAUAAGGAAGUUAUUGACUGGAUGCUUGACAUCAAACAGUGUCCUAGUAGACCACAAUACAAUAUGGCCUCAGAAGUACCUCUUGUGUUGUAUGACUGUUGUUAUGAACAAAUGUCAUGGAAACAUGAAUGUGGGACUUUAGAAGCUUUAUUGAAAGACUUUCAGACAUUGUGGACAAGACAAGCCAUUAAAACAACAAUACUUAGUAAGUUCACUGAAAAGUUAGAUGAUGCAGCUGUGAUCAAAUGUGAUGACAGAAGUAGCGUUGGUGGUGUGUGUGACAGGAGUAACAUUGCUGGUGAGCGUGACCGUGACAAGAUUGUUCUAUGGCGUGACAUGAGACAACCUCAAUUCCAUCAGUUGAUGUCAUUGGUCCCCUUCCAAAUAAAGAACAAAGCUCACACACCACUAAACAAAAGAGCCAGGCAUGAAAGUUUUGAAUCCAAAUUGGAGGUCGUUAAUGCAAAGCGAAGAAAAGCUGGCAAAGAGGAAUUUACAGAAAACGCAAGUGAGUUAACAAUUAUGGAAUAAACAGUGUGUUCCAUAUGUGCUAUCAUGGUAAUAAGCUGGAAACAUUGGAUUGUAUACAUAUCGACUAUAGUUUAAGGUUAGAAAAAAAGGAUCCCACGUUCACGUUGUGUGUUUUUAGAAGCCAUAACUAUAGAUUUAUUUAUUUAAAAACUGUGUUGGUUUGUGAAAAACACUGUGAUUGUUCUUCCAGGAACUUGUCAUGAGCAAGGUACCAGUACAACCAACAGAUAGAUACUUUUAAUGUGAAAAAUUUCUUUUAUUUGUCCUGUCGGCAUUUAUCAGUGUGAUUAGUGAAUAGUGUUGUUAUUUGUGACCUGUCAUCGCCCGAUCUUGUAAUGAUUUCUGUGGAUUUUUAAUUUGUUGUAGUAGAAGUCACAAUUAUCCCCAGAAUAUAACGAUAAUCGGUGGUAUUUAACGAUUUCUUACUAACGGAGAUUUGAUGCUGCAUUUCUUGAAUUUUAAAGGUCAAAACGUAGAUUGGUGCGUAUCGCUAUGAUGUACACGUGUACAGAUUUCUAACACUAGUUAGUUAGAUAGUAAUGACUAUAGACGGUGUUGUUGUAGGUUUUUUUUUUUUUUACGCAAAUGAGGCUGUGUGAGCAAUAUUUUGGCACUUUGCAUACCGAAGAUUCUGCUAAGAAACGACAUUUUAACGGCAAAACUUUCGCAAUACUUUGCUGUGCAGGUGUUUCCGGAAGCACAAAAGAAAAAAAAAGGUACAAUGACCAUUGUUAAAGUACUUGACACUAAGUAAAUACAAUAUUCUACAAUUACAUUAAUAUUUUGGGGCGUACAUUUGAUUUCACCGAUUUGCAAAAGAAAACCGACAUUGCAGUUCCCUUUUUCCCUAAACACAAAUCAGUGAUGGAUUUUGCUGAAUUUAAGGUGCUUUGUUUUCAUUAAAAAAAUUCUUUUUUAAAUGUCAGAAAUGUUCCGUGCAAUAGGUUCUGUUGUUUUAUCAUAUUUAACAUUGGAAUGAACAAAUCCUGGAAUAUUUAGGUAAAUUUGCUGCCUUUAUUGGUGCAAAGUUAUCUUCCACCUGUCUGUUCCUUUUGUCUAAAAGAAAACAGAACAAUUCAGUUCUAAAAUAAAAGAAAAACUCAAUAAACAUAAGCGCGGGUAUCAAAUCAUUAGUCAAUGUUCUCGAAAAGCUCCACAGGCAAUCAGCACUAUAAUACCUUUUCUCUCCUAUUUACACGAAAAUGAAGGAAGUUUUUUACUGAUUAAAUAAAACGUCCUAAACUAUUUGAAGCUGUAACAAAGUUGAAUGGAGUUUUUGCCUUGUUGCUUUUAGCCGUGUCACGGUUUAGUGGAUUCCAAUGUUAACUUACCGGGGCCUUUGAUCCAAAUAAAAUCUUUGGAAAAUCCGCUCUCAUAAAGGUGAUAGGUCUACUUGAACAAUUUUUAACCACAUGGAGCGGUUAAUGGGUGAGGGAAAUUAUUUUAUUCAAUACCUGACCAUAAGCGUAAUGCCAUCGUUCUUCGUCGAAAUCUCAUCCGGUUUUUGCCAAUAAAGUAUUAAGAUUGUUCAGGCUUUGCGAUCACUCUGUUUACCGACUUAGAUACAACAGAGGUAAUUUCCUUACAGCACUAGCAAGGAAUAGUCUUUAUCGAACAGAAAGGAAAAUGUUUAAUGUUUUGCCUAAUGCUCUCAUACCAAUGUGCUUUCAUAACCUUGAUUUUAAUCAGUAGCCUUUAAAAUACCUUGACAGCUGGCUAGAACAACACCAUUCAGUUUACGCGUAGCUGUUGUUAUGGUCAUCAGGUAGGAAAAGCCAAUAAACUCUCAAUGUGGCUUCA